ACCUCAAAUAAAAAUUGUCACUGAUUCUGUCAUACUCGAAUUAAAAAUAAACACUAAAAAUAAAUGAUUAAUUAUCUAAAUGUUAUCAUCAAAUAAUAUAAAAAGUACAUUUGAAGUUAAUUAUAAAUAUUUUUCAAGUACAAACAAUAGUCGCAAUAAAAAAACAUCAAAAAUGAGUGCACACACAUUUCGUGAUGCAUUUUUUAAAUUUGCAUUUAUUCAAUAAUAAUAAUUUAUUUUUUUUUACACAUAAAUAACCUUUUUGUUUUUACCAAUAAAAUAAAUAAUUAAUAUUAAUGUAAGUAUGCUAAUAACUUGUGGAAGUAUAGUACGUCUUCUUCGUCGUAGGAUAGUACUUGCUUUAAUUUUUGGUCUUUCAUUAACUUACUGUGCAAUAUCACUAUUAUCUCAUGAUAAAAUGGGAGUAUCAAAAGUACAAUUUGAUGAUGAUGACAAUAUGAUUGUUGACAAUGAAGAUGUACCACUUGAUGAUGAUUUAGAUGAUGAUACAUCUGGUAAAAAUAUUCCAUGGCCACUUAUUGUUGCUUCUGAUGAUGGUAUUAUUGAUUCUAAUCAUCAACCACUUGUUAAUACCAAUGAUACUGAUAAUGUUACAAAAAAUUGUCGUAAUUCGGUUCAGGGUAAAUCAUUGAUAGUCGAUGAACGUGGGUUUGUUUGUAAACGACAAGAACUUUUAUCAACAGGCUGUUGUAAAAAUGAUCAAGAAAAAAUAUCCGACAAUGGUAAUAAAUCAUUAAUUAAACGUGAACGUUACAGCUGUGAAACUUGUAAUCCUCAAGGAUGCUGUGCUGUUUAUGAAUAUUGUGUUGCAUGUUGCUUACAUCCAGCAAAAAGAAGAACAAAAAAAGAUUAUCAUGGUUUAUCUGGGCGUCACGAUGUACAGAAGACACGUAAAAUAGAAGACGUUGUUAAAUUACGUUUACGAAAUCUUGAUCGUUUUCAAAUAUGUUUAGCUGUAUGUCGCACAUCAAGUGCUAGUGUAAGACACGAAAACACAUACAAAGAUCCGGAUUCAAAACAUUGUUAUAUAACAAUAUUACCAGGCAAUAGUGUUAAUAAUCAAAAUAAUGAACUUCAUUUGAUAUCAAUUACUCAUAAUAACAAUAAUAACGACGACAAGGACGUCAUUACAUCUUUUUCUACAGUUUCAUUAUUUAUCCUCAAUUUAUCUUUAUCCUAUUGAUGAUUCCUCAUCAUUUAAC